AUGUCUACAUUUGUGAGACAGGCAGAGAAUGUGAUGACGAGCAAGCAGCGGGAAAGGGGUAGCUCCUACAAUCAUGAACCUCAUGCUGCAGUUAUAGAUCCAGGCAACAAGGCUGAUACAAACGUGAUGACGAGUACAGAAAACCGUGAAUCCAGUUCCGGAAGAACUCCAGACGAUAAUCGUCUUGAUUCAGCCAGCGGCCAGGAAAGCGGCGACACCGCUGGGCCGCAUGACUCUAAGCUCAUCAAUAAGCUCGACCCUCGGGUUGACACCAGCAAAGAUGAGAACCUUCGGCAGCAGUCUUUCAACGGCAAAAUCCCUGGUUGGAUGAUCGCGUGA